GACCAUUUUAAAAGCUGCUUGACUUGCAACACCCAUUCUGACUUAGUCUUCAAACAAUAAUGUUAACUUGAUAGAUGAAGCCAUCUUACUGAAAGACAGUGCAGGACAGAGAAAAUUCCCAGGCAAGUUUUUAAUGUUAACUACACUGACGUUAAUAGCUGUAUCCUACUGAGCUUUUAAUAAGGUCUUCAUAUAAGUGCCACUUGAAUACACUUUGCAAAGAAAGAGUACAGAAGAAGCUGGAACAGGCAAAUGUGACAGCUUACCAUUGUAAUCACCAAGAGGAAAGUGGACACCAACCUCAUAACCCGUUUUCUUCUACGGACAAUUUUGAAGACCACUUUCUACAGAGACAGAGACACCACCAACAACUGGUUUAAUUAAACCAGGAAAUGUAUCCAUCAGUCCUGAAAGUCAAAUAGGAAACAGAUCUCCCAUACAUUCAUACCAAUCAGGCAAACUUGACUUGUACAGUGCUGAAAGACCAGUCAGUAGCGUAAUGCCUCCGGUCAAUGGAGAAGAAAUGGAGCCCCGCAAUGAUACUAGCUGGAUAGCUGCUGUGGUCAUUGGCAUAAUUUUGAUUGCUAUGAUGGUAGCUAUUGUUAUAAUUCUCCUAUGUAAGUGUGCCAAAACGCAAUCUCUAACUAAUCCAAACUGGGCUGGCCGUUCCCCAUUUGCUGAUGGACAAACACCGGAUGUCUUUGUAGAAUUGGACCAGGCCACAAAACGUGCAUCAGUUUUUUCUAUCUUGCCUUGGAUAUAUAACAAAACCACACACUUAUCGAAUGAUUGUCAUGCAUCUGAACAGAGCUGUGAUGCACCCAGCUGCAAUACAGCUACCUUGUCUCUCCCUCCUGUACAGGAUGGACCCAGAUCACCAGCACACAGCAAUCCAGUUUCUCCUUCAAGUGAUAUAAAUGUGCCCCCAUCUCCUGUUUCAGAAGAACAGAGCCCUUGCAACCCUCCACCCAACACAAUUCCUUCUCUACCAGAGUCACCAGAUAUGCCACUGCCACCAGACUGGAUGCAGGAAUUUCCUGAGAUUCAUUCCUCUGAGAUCAGCAAUGGCACAGAGAAUAAACUGGAGGCAGAGAACCCAUUUCCCCCACCUCCUGAUUUGACACAUCAAGAUGAAAACGAACCACUACCGCCACCUUUGCCUGAAGAACCUUUACAAAUUGCUGAGUUUGCUGUCGAACACACUUCAUGCUUACCUUAAAAGGGACGUUUUAAAGCCAACAAAUACGAGAAGUUGGUGGGAUCACGGACUGUGAAGCCACAGCUGCAUUAAACUUUAGCAUUUGACAAGUGGGAACCUAAAGAGAUUUGGCUUGAAGCUAAUCACUUCAAUACAUGGUGCGGAUAGCAGCAACUAUGCAAAGUCUAUUUCCACGUGUUUAAAGCUACAAACCAGAAAAUAUUACACGCAACUUUCAAAGCGCAACAAGCAAAGCUUUUUAGGAAGGUACAGUUUACUAGGCUGUAUAACUAAAUCUAACAAAGGCACCUUAGCAGCACACUUUUCUUAUAUUCUUGUUAACUUUUAAUAAAAGAGCUUUAAUACGAAGUUGUCUUAGUGACUU